GGCAGGGACUCCUAGUUGGUCCCUUCCAAUUCACACCCCUUCUGCUGUCCCCUGAGCCCACCUCUUCUGUUAUUCUCCCUUAAACUUCACUCAGUCAGCGUCCUGUUUGCCUUUGAAGAGGCUCUGUUCUGAUUCCCCCAUCUUUUGACACUUGAGAGAAGAGUGAAGGAAAGUCUUGUAGGUGUACAUUGCGUAGGUCAUAGGGAAAGAGAGUUGGAGAGAAGAGGCUAAAGGGUGCUUUGCUGCCUUUUGCCUUUGCUGCCUUUGCUGCCUUUGCUGCCUUUGCUGCCUUUGCUGCCUUUGCUGCCUUUGCUGCCUUUGCUGCCUUUGCUGCCUUUGCUGCCUUUGCUGCUGUCGAUCAGGACUAGCUGAGUGGAAGAGCCCCUGCUGAAAAGCUCAGCAGCCGGUCUUUUCCUUCCUGCUGGCCUCUCUGUCAUCUGUCCAUGCAGUAAGGGGAGAGAAAAACAGAGCAGGCUAUAGAAGGUUGGCUCAUCAGGACUCGCUGUCUUUGGUCUGUGGUAGUUAUUUUUGAAGGGAGUGUUUGGGGAGGUUCAGGGUGUUAAGGCUGCAGGUGGUGCUAGGGAGUUUGUUUGGCCAUGCAGCAAGCUUGGGAUCGGACAAGUAGCACUGACUUGGUCAAGAGAGGCCAUACAAAAAUGCUGGGAAAAGGACAAAGUGGCGGAUACCCCCCCGAGACAACGAGUGAACUCUUGCAGAGCAGGUCACAGAAGGGAAAGUUGUCUAAGCAAAUUUUACCUUGUACCACAGUCCCUGCAGCUCUUCAGCAACACACUGACGUGGGAAAAUGCCACUGGAAAGCCUCAGUGCGGUGCCUGUGGACAGUGCCGAUAAGAAGAGCCUCCAGAUAGGGGGCCAGCUGCCAGGCGGUGUGCAGGUGGGACCUCAGCAGCAGAACCAGCAGCUCCUCCUGACCCCAGCCAGCCUCCAGCUCGCUCAGCUCCAGGCCCAGCUUACCCUCCAUCGCCUGAAACUGGCUCAAGGGGGCAAUACAGCCACUGCUGCCACUGUUCUCAAUCAGGUUCUUUCCAAUGUCGCCAUGUCCCAACCUCUGUUCAAUCAGCUACGGACUUCAACUAUGGUUGGGAACCCUCAGGGUGCCUUCCCCACUGGGGUGCUAGGUUUUUCCUCCUCCAAUUCAGCCUUGGGGGCCUUGGUGGGUGGUGGAUUCAAUCAAAACCCAGGAAAUGUGAGACUGAACCAUCCUGGUGGAGGGGGCACAGUGGGCCAACAGGGUGCGGAGUAUGGUAAAACCUCAGGAUCAACAUACCCUUGUGAUACUGACAGGCGUGUUCAAUACAACUUAGUUGGGGGGACAUCUGCAGCAUCCGCCACUGCUGGUGAUGGACAGUACUCAGUGAUUAACACUCAGGCAAAAAACAUGAACAAUGUUGGUUUUCAGAGAGAUUUCUAUAGGCAUGAUAUGCUGGGGCAACAAUCUGGGUUUAGUGUCAAUGAGCAGAACAUGCAUGUUUAUAACUCCACUGGGCAUAAGGAGCAAUGGAAAGGCCCUGCUAACUUGAGCCACACUGGAAAAGUGGAUAUGGUUUCUAACACUGCCAAUGUGUGGACAGCAGCUGGGCAGCAAAUUCGGCCCAGAACGGAACUGUAUAACCCAGAGGAGCCAACCCCUGAUCCCAAGUUUAAUCCCAGUAGCGGGGUUUCCUCUUUUGCUUCCAGUGGCACACAGGGGUUUGGGGGCUACCAGCCCCUGCAUGGAAGUGAGGAAACCCUAUCCUCAGGUACCAGGACACUUCAGCCUUAUCAAGUCAAUGAUUACCAUGCCGUCACACCCAAUCAACUGCCACACCAGUGUAGCAUCUGUGACAAGAAGGUCUACAACCUCAAGGACUGGGACCAGCACGUGAAGGGAAAACUACACCUGCAGAACCGAACCUUGUACACAAAUGAAAGCUCCGCAGUGGUAUCAGCUGGAGCUGUUCACUACCCUGUCAGUAGGUCUUCUGAUGGAGGUCUAAACCCCGGAGGGACAAACUCCAUGGUCUACUCAGCUGCAAGUCAAGAUGUAUCCUCAGGAGCCAAUACAUCAUACUUGCCAGCUGCAGCUAUGAAGACUUAUACCCCGUCAGACACAGGAUUUGCCGCACACCAGCCAGAGUCAAAGCCAUUUUCACCCAGAAAGGCCACAGCAGGGCGAGUCAUUCACAUCUGCAACCUCCCUGAAGGCAGCUGCACAGAGAAUGAUGUCAUCAACCUGGGACUACCCUUUGGCAAAGUCACCAACUACAUCCUCAUGCGCUCUACCCAUCAGGCAUUUCUGGAGAUGGCGUAUGUUGAAGCAGCUCAGGCCAUGGUUCAAUACUACCAACUUACUCCAGCAAUGGUUAACAAUCAGAAACUACUCAUACGAAUGUCUAAGAGGUACAAGGAGCUGCAACUCAAGAAACCAGGUAAAGAUGUUCAAUCGAUCAUCCAGGAUCUCACCUCUCAGAGAGAAAGGGAUGAGAUGCCAGAAGUUGAAUACUACAUGCCAGAGAGAGCACGCUCCCGCAGCCCUAUCAGCCGCUCUCUGAGUCCUCAUUCCCACAGCCCCAGUUUUACAUCAUGCAGCUCAGCCCACAGCCCCCAGGGGGCACCAUGCAGGGGUCCGGAGAGAGGCAGCAAUGGCUUGGGCCCCCGCCGGGGCUCUUGGGAUAGGUCAUCACACUUACGCAGGGGUGAGGAUGAAAGGGAGAGGGAUGACCCAUGGAGGAAUGGGGGCAGCGUGGAUGACGAUCGGCCCAAUGGAAGGGCAGCUGACUGUCGGAAGGCUUACCAGAAACCCUUGGAUCAUAUCAGCUCGAGAUCUGCAGAUGAGCGAGGAGGAGGAGGUGGUGAAGGAAUGAGGGGCAACAGAGACUGGCACCCACGAGGCAGCCCUCAAGGCAUGUCCUUCAACUCUUACAGGAAUAUGGAGGACGAUUUCUACAUGAAGGAACAAAUGUACAAGUCAGACAAGCCGCCCAGACCUCCAUACCAAAGGCAUGACGCAAAGCCAAAGAGGAGGGAUGGUGGUGACUACCACAGUAGAUCGAGGCACUCAGAGUUUGAGAUAACUGAGGAGCCACUUCGCAGAACACUAGAAGACAAGAGGCAGGGUUCACCAGGCAGGGGCAGGAACAAAAAGAUAAGCAGGAGGCACACCACUGUGGAAAAACAUGAGAAAGAAAAUGCUACUGAAAAUACCGAUCGCCAGUCAAAAGAAAAAUCUGUUUCACCUCAACAAAGCAAUACGCCAAAAGAAGCUACUGAAUGUAGUACAGAAAGAGACACUGUGAAGGAGUGGGGAAGUGGAGAUGACACUGAUGAAGAGUGUUGGUAUCCUAAGAACAUGGAGGAACUUGUCACUGUAGAUGAAGUGGGAGGAGAAGAUGAUUCCAUAAUUGAGCCGGAUCUUCCAGGGCUGGAAGAGUAUGUAUCCUGCCCCAAAGAGUCUGCAGAGGAAAAAGCAGCCGAGGAGCAUAUAUUACCACCUACCUCCUCCUCGUCCUUGGAGGUGCAGGAGACGUCCAACGAGACGUCUAACCAGGAAAAGGAUGCUGGAGGCCCGGCAGAAACAUCUGUAGAUGAGAAACCAGGGAAUGUUUUAACUGCAACCAGUCCUGAAGACCAGACACUCAGUCCAGAGAUUGCUGAGCUCCCAAUCACUAACCUUAGUGACUUCCCCAGUGAGGAGUUCAAGGCUGCACUGGAGGAGACAUGUUUAAAGGAUAAAGUAACCAAAAGUGGGCCCCCAAAGGAGCCAAUGGAAAAUCACAUGUGUGUAUCAGAGGACAGCCAAACCCUGGAAGUAGGACAGGUCACAGAAACAAUCAGUAAUGGGGUUCAACACAAGGAUGCUGAUAUGCUUAAAAAAGAGAUUGAGGCCCCCUCGCCGUCUCGUGAGCAAGACAAAGCUGUCAGUGAACACAGCAUCCCUUUGGGUGUUGAGUUUGUUGUGCCGAGGACCGGCUUCUACUGUAAACUCUGCGGACUGUUCUAUAAUAGUGAGGAGACUGCAAAGACCACUCACUGCCGCAGCACCGUACACUACAGGAACCUACAGAAAUACCUGUCCCAGCUGGCAGAGGAGAGUCUGUCGGGAAUACUUGCUGAACCCUCAGCUGCACACUGACGUCAGCUUGACCUCUCACGUCUUGUACAGCAAACAGCAGAGGAAAGAUUCUCGUAUGUGUGCUGUUUGUGCAAGGCUAUGCACAACUACAGCAUAGAUAAUGUGACUCAUGGAAGCUAGAGCAUGUUCGACAAUUGCACUGCUUUUCUUGUUAUGGGAUAAGGGAUGUUUAGAUGUCUUGGUACUGACAAUCCCAGCCAUAGAUUAUCUCAAUUUUGUACAAAGCUGAGGUGUAAUGUAUAUGGAGGCUACAAUAUGUAAUUGCAUCUUUGGAGGGUUAUCAAUUUUCUUACAGUUUGCUUCAUUUGGACUGUGUGUGAUAAAAAAAAAUGUUAUUUUUUUUGGAACGGAAAUGUAUUUGCAAUGAUGAUUAUUACUGAAAAGACACAUUUUUAUAGAAUGGGCUUCAUGUUAGUAAAUUUUCUGAGUUUGAAUCAAUUUUAGCAAUGAUACAUUUACAGCUGCAAAAUGACUUGAAAUAUGUGCCAAGGAAUGUUUUUACUCAGUUAAAAAACUUAGUCAGAUUCUCAGGUUUGUUGUAUUUGUUUAAUAGAUUUGCAAUGUUUAGCUUAGUACACAACAAUGCAUUUGUAUUUAAUGUGAGGCUUUUAAUGCACAGUACAUACAACAGUAGCUGUCUGUCAGGUAAAUGUAAAUCACUUGAUAAUCAUGCAGGAUAUUUAUUUUCUCAAAGUUUUAUAUUGGAUUGAAUUCAUAAGACAAUCCCAGUCAUAUUUGCCGACAUAUGUAACGCCUUAAAUAUCAAAGACCUUAAACUGGACCAUGUGUUUAAUUUAUCAGAGUUAAACAUGCAAUGUUUCAUGUUUAGUGAAAGUGAUUUGUUCAGAGGGAUUAUCACGCCAGACUCUGUUUUUGUAUACUGUGAAUACUGAUCCUGUGACAUCAAUUAUAGGGUUGUUUUCUUUGACAAACUUUUCAUAUGAUUUUUGAUGCAAAAAAACAUGAAUAAACAUUUUAAACGUGUGUCAA